UGUGUUCCUCUGUCCUGCGCGUUAGCUUAAGCAAACUGUGCGAUCCUCACCGCCGGUCUGUUCCUCUUUCCCACCCUCUUCCACGCUAGGUCCGGUCAUGGAGCUGCGCUCGGAGCUGCCCAGCGUGCCCGGCGCGGCAACAGCGGCAGCAACAGCGACAGGGCCGCCCGUGGCUUCGGUGGCUUCGGUUGCUGCUGCGGCGGCAGCGGCCGCGUCGCUCCCGGUGAGCGUAGCAGGCGGCUUGCUGCGGGCCCCACCGUUGCUACUGAGGGCAGCGGAGAAGUAUCCGCGAACCCCGAAGUGCGCGCGCUGCCGCAAUCACGGCGUGGUGUCGGCACUCAAGGGCCACAAGCGCUACUGCCGCUGGAAGGAUUGCCUGUGCGCCAAGUGCACACUCAUCGCGGAGCGCCAGCGCGUCAUGGCGGCGCAGGUGGCGCUGCGCAGGCAACAGGCACAAGAAGAGAACGAGGCGCGCGAGCUGCAGCUGCUCUACGGCACAGCCGAGGGGCUGGCGCUGGCGGCCGCCAACGGCAUUAUCCCGCCGCGGCCAGCCUACGAGGUGUUUGGUUCUGUGUGUGCUGCAGACGGCGGGGGCCCUGGAGCUGGCGCGCCUGCGGGGGCCGGAGGCGGCGCUGCGGGCGCAGGGGGCGCAGAGGCCAAGUUGCAGAAGUUUGACCUGUUCCCCAAGACACUACUGCAGACAGGCCGCCCAGGCAGCCCUCAGCCGUCGCUGGGGAAGCCACUGUCCCCAGACGGCGCGGACUCCGGUCCUGGGACCUCAUCCCCGGAGGUUCGGCCCGGUUCGGGUUCGGAGAACGGCGACGGCGAGUCAUUUUCAGGGUCGCCCCUGGCCCGGGCCUCUAAGGAGGCAGGUGGCAGCUGCCCGGGCAGCGCUGGCCCCAGCGGCGGCGGCGAGGAAGACAGCCCCGGUUCUGCCAGCCCUCUAGGCUCCGAAUCCGGUUCAGAGGCCGACAAGGAGGAGGCGGAGGCCGGGCCGGCACCGGGGCUGGGCGUAGGCCCGGGUCCACGGCAGCGGACGCCGCUGGACAUCUUGACUCGCGUUUUCCCGGGUCACCGGCGCGGCGUCCUGGAGCUGGUGUUGCAGGGCUGUGGCGGCGACGUGGUCCAGGCCAUAGAGCAGGUGCUGAACCAUCACCGUGGGGGACUCGCGGCCGGCUUGGGCCCCGCCGCGCCCCCCGAUAAGGCCACCGUGGGUGCAGCAGUGGCCACUGACGACGCGUGGCCGGGUCGCGUCGACGCAGCUGCCGCCGGGGGCUCGGGGCUGUCGGCACCUUUGCAGGCCGGCCCCGCCGCGCCCCCGCACCACAGACCCUUGCUAGCCGGCGCCAUGGCCCCCGGGGCGCUGGGCUCUCUGAGCAGUCGUUCGGCCUUCUCUCCGCUGCAACCCAACGCCAGUCACUUCGGCGCCGACGCGGGCGCCUACCCGCUGGGCGCGCCCCUAGGCCUCAGCCCGCUGCGCCUGGCUUAUUCGGCAGCGGCUGCGCACAGCCGCGGCCUGGCCUUCAUGGCGCCCUAUUCUACCGCGGGCCUGGUACCCACGCUCGGCUUCCGCCCGCCGAUGGACUACGCCUUCAGCGAUCUCAUGCGUGACCGCUCGGCCGCCGCCGCCGCCGCUGUGCACAAGGAGCCAACCUACGGCGGCGGCCUAUACGGGCCAAUGGUCAACGGAGCCCCGGAGAAGCAGUAGGACCAGGGGCCUGGCAGCCGGGCAGCCCCCAAACAGGGAC